AUUUUGUUUAUCUCUGUAUGUGUUUCUGAGAAGAGCUUGAAGAUCAGAGAUCUGUUACACAGCUGCUUGAGAUUCACCUGCACGGCGGGGGCAAUCGACAGCUAUCGAGCAAAGCAUCUUUGCGAUGAAGAAGGAAACCGGAGCAUCCCGAGGAAACCCACAGAGUCGCUGAGAGAACGUGCAAACUCCACACAGAGGGCACUGGAGGUUAGGAUGGAGAUGUGAGUCAGCAACUCUACUGGUUGACUAGGUUGGCAUUCACGGAAGGAUCUUUCAGUGCCCAUGCCCUUAAACUGCUUCAUGAAGCCACCUGGAGUCCAGCCUGAAAAAAAGCUCUGGCCUCUGGUCCAAAGUAAAUUCGGUGGAAGUCCCUGAGCUUGGAUCAAAAGGCAUUUAUGAAGACCACGCCGCAGGAACUCUGCACUUCCUGCAAUAAAACGGUGUAUCCCAUGGAACGGCUGGUUGCUGAUAAGUUUAUUUUCCACACCACCUGUUUCUGCUGUAAGCAUUGCAAAGCUAAACUGAGUCUGGGAAGCUAUGCAGCACUGCAAGGUGAGUUUUAUUGCAAGCCUCACUUCCAACAAUUGUUCAAAAGCAAGGGCAAUUACGACGAGGGCUUUGGCCGCAAACAGCACAAGGAACUCUGGCAGCAGAAGACGGCUGAGAGUGGCUCCAAGUAACCACGAUGCUAUUGCAAGGGAAGGAGCAGGGGCUAGCAGCUAACCAAGUGUGAAGCACUGGUACCCUGCCUCUCUUUAGGGGCACAGCAGCAGUGAUUUGUUAAUUUGCUUUAAAUAGUGUGUAAUUUAGGGGCCAUUGCUAAGAAGAGGGAAGGAUUGCUGUUAUUAUGUGUAGUGACAUCAUGUAAAGGGUCAUGGGGAUGUAGUAACAUAAACCAACCAGUGGAUGGCGGGGUUUGUACUGAUCCUGAAGUAUGUAAACCUCCCCAUGGAGAAUGUCAGGCCACAGGGAGAGGCAUACUCUCGCCAUUGAAACCCCUGAUGUUAACAUCUAUUCAAUCAUGCUAAGCCAAGUGCAAGUUAAUAGAAUUGGGGGGGGGGGGAGAGUAAAACUGGAAAUGAGCGAUCAAGAUUUCACAGGCCUGAUAACUGGUACUAUGAGCCAGAUGUCGCUCCAAUACUACCACAUAGUAACCAGAGAAAUUCUUCCCUCAUUUAUACAUUGCUAUGUUUUUGGAAUGAUAGCUCACCCUAGUGGGAACAGUUUGCAACUGCACAGAAUACUCUCAAUGAUGUGUGCUACUCUCAACAAUAUAUCUCUUUUUAAAUGGAGUGGCUUUGAUGCCAGACAUCUUAAUUGUGCUUUAUAGAAAAGGAUUAUGAAGACACAGUGACACCUACAUAUCAGUUGUGACUGAUUUCAGUAGAACCUUGAGAACCAUAGUGCAUCACUUGCACAUCCUGCUACACUGUACACUUUCCUCAUUACUCAGAUAGCUAUGACCCAAACAUGAGUGUCCAGAUUACUUUUGUUUUAGAGCAACCCCUUCUACAAGCAGAGCAGAUCUGCAAGUAAUUUUAGCUGAGUGUGUUGAGCACUUUGUAGUCAGAUGUUUUAUCAGAAAACUGGUAUCUAGUUUCACUGCAGACCCUCACUUCAUGCACACUUCUCUAAUCCCACAUAUAUCUCCAAUUUGUACCCAAACUAGAGACAUCAUGCACACACCCCAGCAAUGAAUAGUGCCCCUCUAACAGACUAGUAACCCUUCCCUACUAUAGUUAAAGCUAUAUUCACCUUAUUGUCCCAUCCUGAUGGAUGCCAGUGCCCUGCUAACCCCUGACCCCCAUGAUGCAGGUCAGUGCCACCCUGUUUCAGGGCUAUGGAUUGGAAUUUUUAGCUCAAUACAGAAAGCAGACCUUCCCUAUCUCUCUGCAGUAUCUCCACCACCCCUUUCCAUUUAAUUACUGGUUGAAUGGACAAUGAUUUAAAUUCUUAGUUUUAGUGAAGGCUUUGUCAUUUCUCCCAGCUUUGGCUACGUUUUUGAAAAGGUUGCAUGUGAUUUAAGUGUGUGGGAUUUCAGUUGUAUUAAUUAUCACAAUGUGAUAUUGCUGAAUUUCAGGGACAUCCUCAAGCACAGGCUUAGCAGAUGGAAUGCGUUUUUUUUCAACUAAAACUGUGCCUCAGUUACAUGUUGAGAAUAAUAUUUUGGUACUUGAAUGUUUAAUGUCUGUGAACCUAUGCAUUUUAUACUACAGUUCACAUGUAAUUGAUCAUUUCCAGGUUUCAUUCAAAAAAGAAAUCACGUCUUUUAUAAACAGUUGCUCCAUGACCAACAUUAACAAACCAUCUAAAGUUACCUGUGUUACUCUCCCCACACUAUUAAUUAAAAACUAUACUACUGAAACCAAAGGCCAGUGUGAGACCUGGACCAAUGCCACUGUGAUUAACAGACGUCCUCUACUUUGCUUCAUGCAUUCAGCAAAAUGACGACAGUGUAACACUUAGUGUUGCCGUCUCACAGUUCCAAGGACCCAGGUUCCAUCCUGAGCUCAGAUGCUGUCCGUGCAGAGUUUGCAAGUUUUCCUUGACCACAUAAGUUUCCUCUGGGUACUUCAGUUUCCUCCCACGCCCCAAUUAAUUGUCUGUUGCAUAUUGCAACCUUGGCUAAAAGCAAAAUUAAAGCAGUAGGUUAAUAAGCUGCAGGGGUGAUGGCAAAUAAGGGUAGAGGGGAAUUGGACCUAUGGGAUUUCUCUGCUGGCAGUUGGAUGGGAACUAAUGGAGUAAAUGGCCUCCUGGUCAAUACAAGAUGCCCAUUGAGAAGCAGGCAAGACAAUCAACACUUGUGCUGUAUACAGAUAAGAUGCGAUAGGAAUUGGCCUAGGUUACUUGUUCUUCCAUUUUAGAGGAAGCUGAAUGACUCUUGUGCUCUCCACACCUACCUCCCUCUUUUUCCACAACUUCCAAUUGCCACCUUUUGUGUGAUGCAUUGAGAUUUGAAUGUCUGGCUAUGUGAGGUGUGGUUGCCACCAAUGGAUUAGAAGUAUUAGAGUGUCAGCUGAAAUGAGGCCAGAUCCAAAACAAUGCUGACAUCACCAAGUAGACCAGGAGAAGGGAUGUUUUCCACUCACCAUUAUCUUUCACUGCUUACAUCUGAAGCUUCACCUCUUUCCAUAUGAGCCACAGACAAUGGAAAUUUCCACACUAGUCCAGCAUUAUGCCCCAUUUUCUAUUAGCUAUACUUUUGGAUGAAGUGCAUGUCACUGAUAGCAACAAAUGCACCAAGGCUGUACCAAUCAUACAUUUGCUACAUUUCAACCGCUUUUAAAGGGGAAUGUGGUGCAUGCCAUUCCAAUUAAGCUGCUCAGUUUUCCGAAUUCAUGAUGAUCCUAUCCAAAUGGAGCAACUUGUUUUUGAGCUCUGACUGCACAACAACUAAGGCCUCAUAGCCAUCUUGCACUUCUGUCUAUUUUAGUCACUGGUGCGGACAGAAUUAAUUGCCUCCUGUUGAGGCUGCUGCGAUCUGCAUUCUUGUUACCCAGCCAUGUCCUUUAACUUACAUUUCUACCUUCACAGGAGUGAUGUACUCCUGUCCAGCUUCACAAUGCAUCCAGAUCUACUAUACAUCCACGAGAGCUAUUGUAUAACCACAGUCUAAAAGUCCUUGCAUAUUACAACUUCUCUGUGGAAUAAAAAAACAAAAAAUGCUGCAAAAACUCAGCAAGUCAGACAGUAUCUGUAGAAAGAAAAACGCAGAAUAUUACCGGUCGAAAACCUUAGGCAGAACUGCUAUGCAGAAUGCCACCCUAACAAUCAACACACACUACUCCUGACCUCCAACCACUUCACCAUUUGUAUUGUGUGCAUCCAUGAGCUAAACAGUCUUGGGUAGUGCAAUAGGGAGACAAUAGUAGAUUGUCAUUCAACCCCAGACUCAUUCUGCCAUUCAGUAAUGUUAUGGCCAUUUUGCCUGCCUUCAUGUUCCCUGAUGCUCAUAAAGUAAGUAAAAUCCAAUUGAUCUCAGGCUUUAAAAUUUCAGUGGCCCUUCAUUCAUGACUUAUGAAUUCCAUUACUCUUUCUACAAACAGUUUUGCCUUAUUUUAUUCCAGCUGCCCACUACCAUUAAGUUUUAAGUUACAUGCUUGAUCUAAUUUCCCCACCAGAAUCUAUAUUCACCCUAUUAAAAAAAACAAACCUUUACUUGUUCUAAACACAUACUGCUCUCGCCAACUUGAUGAGACAUGCCAAGUUUUCGCAGAUUAACAUUAAUGCAACCUGGAAACGGAGCUUAAUAAAAUGUGAUGUUAUGUUGAGGAAAAUCUAUAAUGCAUGCAUAAAUCUGUGAUCAGCAUUUCGGGACUUGGUGGUGUAUGAUGUCUUACCAAAGUGAAAAAUUGAGUGUUGUUUUGUAAUGGUUGCAUGAAUUUGUUAUAUUGGUGCUUCUUAUCUGUUAGACGCUUGUUCUCAAUAAUGUAUUAAGUGGGCCAGGAUUGCCCACUACCCAGUUUUACUUGAUCUAAUCAAUAUUGAAAUUGGGAAAUACUAAUUAAAUACAAUAACUGCAGUUACACAGCUCACCCACGGAUAUACUGGGCUUUGACUAGUACAUUCCAUAAAUGAAUUGCAAAGAUUUAAAAAAAAAAGAGUAAUGAUAUCCAAACCCUUGUGGUUGGGGGCCUCGGAGUUGCCAAGACGGUACAGAAAACUUGAACAAUGACCCAGUGUCCAACCAGAAGUCAACAUGUUGAUGUAGGACGGAUGGGAUGGAGUUGACUUGAUGCCAAACAACCUGCGAGCUUAAUUAAAAAAAACUGCAACAAGGUUAGGUUCUCAUUUUGUGUGCAGCUGCAGUUGACCCCCUUCAGGAGGAGGAAAAGACCAGAAAAUAAAAUCAUUUUCAGGUAUUUGCUGAUUGCACAAUUUUUAUUUAGAGGUCAGAAAGAAACCGGCAAUUUGCUCCAAGACAUAGGCAUCAGACUGCCACAUUGAAUGUGAAUGGCCUAUUGCAUUUGGCCUGCACCAAGUAUUAACAGGCCAUCAUAUACUGCAUUUUGAACUAACCCCCAUGAGAUAUACGGGUCUAAGUUUGCUAGUACACAUUGCACACAUUACUGUGAAUUGUCACACAUUACAGACACAAAAUGUGAAUGAAGGCUAUGUUGUUAUGAUCAGAGUCUGACCACAUCUUAUUUUGUAUGUCAGUAAUACAGUAUAUGGUUGUCACAAUUGCCUCUUCUACUUGCAAUUGUUGUAUUCUAAUGUAAUUUACUGCCUUUUUGGUCACUCUGCAUUCCACUAACACUCCUGAAGGAAGCUGUCACUGGUAGGUUACUGCAUUUACAAUAUAUUUUACCCGGUAGAUGUUCCCCCAAUAUACAUGCCUUAUAAAUAUUGUAUGUUUGUAUCUCUUUUUACUGUUUCUAUAUCUCUGAUCACGACUGUUAAAAGUGCUGCUUUGAAUCCGUGAAUGCACCUCUGCUUUACAAAUGUUAGAGUUUUGACAUUAAAAU